GACGAGCAUAUUUUGUUAAUUUACACCGUUUGAUAGAGCAAGACAAAAACAAUAAUUGAAAUUUAAAUUAAGAUCUUCUAGUUGUGAGAAUAUGGGGGAACCUCAGCAGGUCAGUGCAUUUCCUCUACCACCGAUGCAAUAUGUUAAUCAAUACACAGAUGAGAAUGUAAAAAGAGGUCGUGCAGCACCACCACCUCUUCCAAUUCAGGAUACAUACACAAUGUUUGGAAACACAUUUACAGCAGAUGACAUGAUAGUGCGCCCUUUAGAAUCUCAGGGUUUUAGAAGACUUCAUCCACAGACUUACGAUCAUAAACGUGAACUUAAGAAAUUAAACCAUUCAAUACUUGCAAACUUUCUCGAUUUAUUAGACAUCUUAAUAAAAGCUCCAGACUCACCUAAAAGAAAUGAGAAAUUAGAAGAUCUGAAUUUACUGUUUAUUCAUAUGCACCAUCUGAUAAAUGAGUUUCGACCGCACCAAGCACGUGAAACGUUACGAGUUAUGAUGGAGCUUCAGAAAAAAAGACGCCAUGAAGUCGCUGAAAGAUUUCAGGUGCAUUUAGACAAAGUAACUGAGUUAAUUCAGAAAAGUUUAGCAGCAUUGCCGGAUGAGUUCAGUCUAGACUCGAAAGUUUUGGUGAAAAGUGAGAUAUUGACAUCGGAAAUGGGUGCGGCGGAACAGAGACGGGAUAACGAGGAGUGUGAUCAGCUUGACCGAAUGAUGUGUGACAUUGUCGAUGGUUUAAACUGAACAUGGCUGUAAAGUUUUUUAACAACAUCAUUUAGCUGUCUUAUUACAUUUUUCCCUCACAGAAAUUGUAAAACUAUCUUAAAUAUUUGUUAAGACACAUUCUUUGCUAUAAUUCAAGUAAUACAAGUUAAGAAUUUUAUCUUUUAUAAAAGCACAUUAUGUACCAGUCAUUUGUAACCCAUUCCCCUUCACCCCUGGGCAAUGAAAAGGCCAGAAGGCUGAGUUUUUUCACUGCACUGCAAGGGAUAUACAUUGUUUUUGAUUUUGUACCAACUAAUAAGAGAUACACAUUGUAGGGAGGGGCAUGUAAGAAAUAAAUCUUCAUUUGAUUUACCAGCAUUUCUCAGUGUUUCCUAGUGGGAUGUGUGGGAUGCAGGAAUAGGUUUACAAAUUAUUGGUGCAACAUGUAGAAAGAAUAUUUAAGUGAAAUAUAAUGCUAUAAUUAUUACCUUUGUAUAAAAAUCUAAUUUGAUCCUGUGAGGUUUUCUUUUUUUAAGUUAAAUAUAACAUGUGUAACAACUAAAUCUAUAGUACUGUAAAUUCUGAUAAAGUUUGAAUUACUUUAGUUGUGAAAUAAACCAUACUCGAGCUAA